UUGUUAUUUAUUAAUAAAAUUAAUUAGUUUAAUUUAGGCGGCAAAAAUGACAGCUGUCAAAGUUGUGUCCUUCGUCUUUUUUGUGUUAUCUGUUCAAGUACGUUGUUGGACUGUGGAUAUGGCGGAAAUGAGAAAAUUGGAUGCGGAAAUGGUGACAACUGAAAGAAGUGAAGAAGUUGAUGAGGAAGAACGUAUGAAGAAUGAUUUAAAUGAUGAAUAUCAUACACCCAUUAAUUAUGCUGAGGAUUUAGAAUACCAAAGUUAUAUGGAGAAAAGGAUUCAUGGCGUUCUAAACAACGGGAGCAUAUACCUCGACGGCUUGCGUAAGGCGAUGGCGCACUACCGCGAGACCCUUGAAAAUUGUUCUACAUUGACUACAACUCCUGCACCAUCCACCUGGCUCCCAGAGAACGGAACCUACCACCAAUCAGAGGAGGACAUUUGCAGGAACGUCCUCGCAGCGAGUGAUCAGGUCACGAAGCUGUCAGAACUGGCUCUGUGGGCUACUAAUGAGUUACGGGAAAGAAAAUUUGCUAAGAAUAAGGACUCAGCCCAAGAGGAAGAAGAAUUACUUCUAAAAUUAGCCUGGUUCUUGGACCAGUUGGCUCAUCUUACUGGUUAUAUACCAGAUCCUACUGACUUUCAAACUACAACAACACUUGAUUUUACAACCAUAGAGUCGACUAUUACAACAGAUGAAACUCCAACACCAACAACAGAUACGAGUAAUUAUGAAAUUAUGCAGUCUGUGGAAAACGGACCGCCUGUAUCAAAAAACGCGCCAAAACAUUUGGCAACCGUCAAGAAAAUUCAAAAACGUUCCAUUGACGAAACGACAAAUCUUGUAAAGAAUUACGUAAAAUACAAACUCUGGAAUAGUGAUAAUGAUAAUGAAAUCAAGAAUGAUGAUAACGAGUCCUUUGAUGUGCAAAAUCAUUUGAACGUUAAACCAAUUCAAAAACGCUCUAUAUCGAUAAAACAGUCAACUAUAAUGAGCCCUUUGACAUCCAAAAACCUAUCAAAAAUGAACUACAAGGGUGACCCUAAAAAGCGAGUAAAUCGUCUUAUGAAAAAAUACCGCAUAAAAGAUAAAAAGACCAUGCGAAAGAUAGAAAAGAGGAUACAAAAACGUUCAGUGUUUUAUUAUAGCGACGUAAUUUCUGGGGUUCCUGAAAAUCCAAUGCAGGAUUUGAGUUAUCACGCAAAGAGUAAGCCGGGGACAGUAAUAAAUCCAUCUUUUUCACAAGAGGAUAAUGUGUACGACUCUUUACGGGAACAUCUCAAUGUAGAACAUUUGGAUGAAGUGAAACGAUUUGGCGCCAACGUGACGGUCGGAGUAGUUGCUUUGAAUGUGGGAGUAAAUAAAACUUUAGCGGAUUCUUAGUUAUAAAAUUUAUUGUAAAUGUUUGUUAUUGAUUUAAUUCAAAUUGUGUUCGAUUAUUAUUGAUAAUUAUCAUUUAGUUUAUUUGUCGUAGUGUGCUAGCAGUGAUAUUUGAAAGAAAGGAAAUACAUUUAAUUUUUUACUUUAUUUGAUUGAAAUAUGUGAUAAAAUCUACCAAGUACCAUGUUUAUUCGUAGGGUAAAAUCGCCUAGUAGUAAUUUUUGAAUUUGUAUGUACUCUUUGAAGUUGUACUUUCUAGGUUUUUUUAUGGCAGAGGCUCUGACUAUUACGUCAGUUUAGUUGAUGAUAAUGUGAUUUUAUGUGUUCAUUUUACUUAAGAAAAUAAAAUAUGAUCAAGUACUGAAA